AUGGCCGAGAAGGAAGGGCUGUCGGUUUUGGGGCGCGACGCUGGUGACAAGAAGGUACCGCGGAAGCGAGUGGAACCUUCGGAGGGAGAGGUCAAAGGGGACAGGCAGGGAGGUGUAGAAGAUGUGGGGAAUGGAAAUGCGAGGAAGGGGAAAGGAGUGGUCGUUAGGCUGGACGGCGAGGGGGAGGUAGUGAACAAGUCACUGGACAAUGUGAAUUGGCUGACUGUUGCGGAGCGCGACGCGGCGACAGGUGAGGCCGACUGGAUUGCCUGUCGCCUGUGCUUGUGUUUCGGAUGCCCUGGUCGGAAGGAAGAUUAUAUUUGGAUGCAUGCGUGGCCGUUUGACGUGUCCGACGUCUUUGGGCAUGUGGAGAAGAAUCAUCAGGACAAGUGGGGAGAGUAUCUCGCGGAGGGCUCGGAGAAGCGCGCCACCUUUUUCGACGGCGAGAAAGCCCCGGACCCGAAAUUGCUGGCUAUGCGCGUCGCGCAACUUAAGCAGAACUGGGGCGCUACCAGGGAGGAGCGGAAGAAGAGGUUUCUCAAGCGCAAGAAGUUUAAGGAGCAGAAGCUGUUGCGGAAGAUUGGGAAGAUUGCCAAGGGGGGCGAAUCUUAGACGCAGGAGGGAGGCCACGCAAGCUACACAACUGACCGCUGUCGGAAAACAAUAACUUCUGGGGACGACACACAACGGUAUUUCAAGGCACUCUGAUACGCGAUGAUGCGGCGAGACGUGCGAUUGCCUUCUCCAACAGUAUCAUCAAAGUGCUCUGCCAGUGCAGUCUUUGUUUGAAGCCAUGUAUCGGAACUAUAUCUGUGAAAGCAAAACGUCGUGGUAUUUGUUGCUCUCUGGCCGACUCCAGUGCAAUCGAAGCCGUACGAACACACGAAGGCUGGAGAAGGCUUUCACAUGCUCCUUUGCCUGUGACCUGCACACCUGAAAGUGAGCUAACGAAUUGUGCUCGGACAGCAACGUCACUGAAGACAAAUCAGGGGCCGCAGAGAGGAAAGUGGUUUGUCAAAAAGACAAAGUUUGGAAAGCAUACCGCGGUGGUCAUUUCGAUCGGAAGAAGUAGUCAUGUCCUGUUCUUCUACCCAUCUCUGAUGAUCUGUGCGCUUGCACCGAAUCUGUUUUCCAGACCAGCAUUCAAGAUUCCCGCUGCAGCUGCAAAAGAGAUGCAUCUUGUUCGACGUGCGAAUGAGUGCAAGCGUUAUUUACACGUUCGCUUCUCUUUCUUACGAUCGGCGUCUCCACGUUUAAUGACGACCCUGACAUUCUGGCCUUUGACAUGAAAUGGAUCAAGAUGCGAUUAGUCUGUGGAUUGCGGUGUUAUGGAUGAAUUUUCUGCUCAAAAGCCCAGGCGAUGCUUCGUUUCGCCUGAAGGCACCCUCGACACGACAAGGGUUGUCUUGACAAUAAUAUCAUUCGUUUUAUAUCGAUCGCGCGCUCUCUGACCCCGUGGUACCAAGUGGAACAUCUCUGAUCACUAAUACCGAAAUUCUUUGCAACCCUCAAUUCGAACCCACGUGGUUGGGACAUGCGCAAGCCAAGAGGCAUGGUGCCCCUGCCGAUCAAACCGAUAUUAUGUUGUAGUUGAGAUUGCAAAACAACUGCUUGAGUUUGUGACAGCAAGGCAAGACAAGACUACCAGUCGGACAGGAGUGCCGUCCACCGAUGUAAGUGAAAUCAUGCAAACUCCAACGACCGACGGAAUACUGAACAGCUAUCUGCCGUUCUCUCAUGCAUGUUCUGGAAUUACGUGCCCCGCCCCCAAGACGUGCAGUUGUAGUCCUGCCCUUGCCCUCCGGUAUAUUUCUGUCAUGUAUUUGCCGGUAGCGCUACGCACAAUGCGCACAAGGAAGACCACCUCUUAGUCUUUCGAUUCUGUCCAUCCCGGGAAGGCGUGUGGAAGCACAGUUUCCGUUUUCCUCCGAUCCCCGUGGUUCAUCGAGCAGGCAAGGAAUAUUCCUUGUCACAGACACAAUUCUGUCCGCGCAGAGCUGCUAAAGGUCGACAACUCACCUUGCCAGAAUCAGUCGAAGGAGGCAUGUGAGGGCCUCUGCAGCCCGUUCGUGUGUUCGAUGAAAUGCGCAGCGGCCAAAUGUGUACAGUGCCCCUUUCUGAGUAUGUAAAUAAAAUAUUUAUUUUGUU